GUUAAAAUGUAAACAAAAAAAAAUGUUGAAAUUUUUUUCCUCUUUUAAUUUAAUUGUUGUGGUUUUUGUAUAUUUAAUUUGAUUGUUUUUAAUUGUUACUAAUUUUGGCAGCGUUGUUUUGGGCGAGCACAAUCAUCAUUAUGGCUGGAAGAUCAUCUCAAGAAAGUAAAAAUAAAACAACCGCCAAUUCUCUUCAAGAUGCUACCAAAAAUUUAUCUCAAAUGGCUCGAGAUAAUCAUCAAGUAUCCAAAGAUGUAGAUAAAUUGGAGAAACUGUUACAUGAACAACGAUUACAAAGUAUGAGGGAAGUUGCUGAGAAAUUAAAAGAUGACAGUUGGAAAUAUUUAUCGUUGGAAAAACUAUUAGGCCUUUGAUUUUUUUUAAUCGAAUUAACAAUCAUCAUCAUCAUAAUCAAUUUCUGUUAAUAGCUCAUAAAAAAUCUUUUCCAUGUUUCAAUCAACAACCGAUAACCGAUUUACACGACAGCGUAAUUGACAUAAUCUCUUCAUCUUAUAAGAAAAUCAAUCUUCAUCUUGAACACAACAAUUAACUAACCCCUGACUUUGGGUCUCUCAAGAAGAAAAUACUUUUGACCCUUAAUUAACUUUUCUAAUCAACGAUUAACAAUGACAAUAAUUUCCUUUCCUUUCCUUUUCUUUAACAAUCAUCAAUCUGACGUGUAAAAUAAUUAUUAUUUCACUUUCUUUCCUAACCAAUUUGACACUGUAAAAGUAAAUUGACAUUUGACAGGUAAUUAAAAUCAACUUUAAACAAUCAA